AGAACAGGAAACAACACAUUUAACUAAACAGAUCGAAAACGCUGAAUGGAAGCACUUCCAAACCGUUGCUCUUUUCAAAAUUGAGAAUCAUAAAUAGGGAAGAUUGCAUCUAGCGAAGUACUUUUAAAUAAGCAGAUAACCUAAAUCAAAAUAUCUUUGAAGGAAAACCAAUUUAGAAGAACUGCUAAGAAACAGUUUGCUUGGGUACGAGGCAAGCAAGGGCGUGUUUGAUCUCGGAGGGAGACUCCCUCCUUUUAGCUUGUGCAUGGUGUAUUGUGUACAUUUUAUCUUUGUAACUUUUACACAUUUUUGGGAAUCCGGUUGAAGAUGGGGUGUACUCUAAGCAGCGAUGAUAAGGCGGCACAGAUCCGGAGUAAAAUGAUCGACAGGAAUUUACGGGACGACGGGGAAAAGGCUGCACGGGAGGUCAAGCUGCUUCUGCUGGGUGCGGGCGAGUCUGGGAAGAGUACAAUUGUCAAACAGAUGAAGAUCAUCCAUGAGGCAGGCUAUUCAGAGGAGGAGUGCAAGCAGUACAAGGCAGUGGUGUACAGCAACACCAUUCAGUCCAUCAUUGCCAUCAUCAGAGCCAUGGGACGCCUCAAGAUUGACUUCUCAGAUGCAGCUAGAGCGGAUGAUGCUCGUCAGCUGUUUGUGCUGGCGGGAUCGGCAGAGGAGGGCUUUAUGACCGGCGAGCUGGCUGGAGUUAUCCAGCGCCUCUGGAAGGAUGGGGGGGUCCAGGCCUGCUUUAGCCGCUCACGAGAGUAUCAGCUCAACGACUCCGCUGCCUAUUAUCUGAAUGACCUGGACAGGAUAUCCCACCAAGCGUACGUGCCCACCCAGCAGGAUGUGCUGAGGACCAGGGUGAAGACCACUGGCAUCGUGGAGACGCACUUCACCUUCAAAGACCUCCACUUCAAGAUGUUUGAUGUAGGUGGUCAGAGAUCUGAGAGGAAGAAAUGGAUUCACUGCUUUGAGGGAGUCACAGCCAUCAUAUUCUGUGUAGCGCUGAGUGACUACGACCUGGUGCUGGCUGAGGAUGAAGAGAUGAACCGGAUGCAUGAGAGCAUGAAGUUGUUUGACUCCAUCUGCAACAACAAGUGGUUCACAGAAACAUCUAUCAUUCUGUUCCUCAACAAGAAAGAUCUGUUUGAGGAAAAGAUCAAGAAGAGUCCGCUUACUAUCUGCUACCCGGAGUACGCAGGCUCCAACACGUAUGAGGAGGCGGCUGCCUACAUCCAGUGUCAGUUUGAAGACCUGAACAAGAGAAAGGACACCAAGGAGAUCUACACCCACUUUACGUGUGCCACCGAUACCAAGAACGUGCAGUUUGUCUUCGAUGCUGUCACCGACGUCAUCAUCAAGAACAACCUGAAGGAUUGUGGACUCUUCUAGGGUGUGAUGACCAGCUCAGUGACUUUUCUUGGACUUCUGUGACUAGACGGAGGGGGUCGAUCAUGGACACUUCUUAGAUAAUGUCUCUUUUAACCUUUUAACUUAUGUUGAUCUCUAAAAUGUUUUAAAAUGCCAUGUAGAAAAAUGUGUAAAAUAUUUGUACAACUGAACUGUCACUGGCUGGAGUUUUUCACUGUUUUUAAGAUGAUCUUUUGUUUUAACCGGUCAAUUUUUAUUUGUUUUGGGGUUUUUUUAUAAAAAUGGGGGGCCUUUGCAUCUAUGUUUCUUCUUUUAGGAAAGAAAUGGACACUAUUCUUUUAUUUCUGUUUGUUAGGUACUUGUGCCUUUGCAUGCUUUAGUUGCUGUGUUUUUGUUUUUGUAGACAAAAAUGUAAUAGAUGUAUUCACAUGUAAGAGUUGACCCCUGGCCCUCCAAAUAUCACAGUACUUGGUUUCAAGUAUUGUCUAUGACUCUGAAUUUGAUUUUAUGGAAGUUAUUGAAUAGGCCAAUUUUUGACCAACUUGCUCUCAAUAGACCAAUUCACUCUGACACGGACAUACUGUGAGAGGUGUGUGUCUGCUUGCAUGAAUGUGUGAGUGCCUUUAUAGUCGGUGUGUACAUAUGUAUGUACGCAUAUGCAGCUUGGUGUGUAUGACUGAAUGCAUGUGGAUAUAGAAAAACAAAGGGACUUCUUUUCAUACUUUUUUGCAGUCUGUUUUUCUGGACAGCGACUUUUUAUUUAAUGCAGCGUUGUCAUUCGGGAUUCUGUUGCAGAGGUUAACAUUCCAAAAUCAUAAUUUUUUUUAGACAAACUUUGGAAAGAGAAUUACAACUACAGCUUUGUACCUAACGACAGGACCAUAGAUCAAGUACAUGGAUGGACAAAGGGAUGUGGGUUUGUGGAAGUGCACUGUUAUGAUGUUGCAGAUAUGAUUCAUAAUGGUUUCAGGUUACAUAUCCCCCUAAACCCUCCCCCCCACCCCCAUUUCCAUUGCAGGGGGGAUAGUAGUGGACUAAUUUCCAUUAUUUUGCUAAUAAAAGAGUUGCUGUGGUGAAGCCAUGGCAUCCAAUUCCUUCACAAUGA